AUCCAGAAGGCCACAGUUUGAGCUUUUAUGGAUAAAACAAAGGGAACCACAGAAUUUUGACCUCCACCAGCACAUUGUGCAGAAGUAGAGCCCCGUCCAGAUGUUUAUAUUUUCCUCGCUCGGCCCCUCCCCGCAACACGCGGGCCUUUGACCACGCCCUCAAGCGGGUGUUCUGUGGCGCCUCAGCCUACCCGCAGGGAUUCCCCUUUUAACCAGUCGCAGCCCAGCAAAAGGACUGCCCUUAACCAAGAUGGCGGGAGAGUCCUCAGUGAGGGCAGGCUGAUUCAACACCCGAAACCGCGGCGGACAGCCCAGGCAGCGCUAGCAGCUUGCCGCGACCAUGGAAGAGAGCGGCGGCAGCUCGGGCUGCAGCGGCAGCGACGGCGGCAGCAGCGGGAGCUGCGGUGCGCAGCAGCGGGAGCUGGAGCGCAUGGCUGAGGUCCUGGUGACCGGGGAGCAGCUCCGGCUCAGGCUGCAUGAAGAAAAGGUUAUUAAAGAUAGGAGACAUCAUCUCAAAACCUACCCGAACUGUUUUGUCGCAAAAGAACUGAUUGACUGGCUGAUAGAGCACAAAGAGGCUUCUGACAGAGAGACAGCAAUUAAGCUCAUGCAGAAAUUAGCAGACCGGGGCAUUAUCCAUCAUGUGUGUGAUGAGCAUAAGGAAUUCAAGGAUGUCAAACUCUUCUACCGCUUUAGAAAGGAUGAUGGCACCUUCCCAUUGGACAAUGAAGUGAAAGCCUUCACAAGAGGACAGAGGCUCUAUGAGAAGCUAAUGAGCCCGGAAAACACACUUCUGCAGCCUAGAGAAGAGGAAGGCAUCAAAUAUGAGCGUACCUUCAUGGCAUCUGAAUUCCUGGACUGGCUGGUUCAAGAGGGUGAGGCCACCACAAGGAAAGAGGCAGAGCAACUUUGCAACCGUCUUAUGGAGCAUGGCAUCAUACAGCAUGUGUCCAACAAGCACCCUUUUGUGGACAGCAAUCUUCUCUACCAAUUUAGAAUGAAUUUCCGUCGGAGGCGAAGGUUGAUGGAACUGCUUAAUGAGAAGUCCACCUCUUCCCAGGAAACUCAUGAUAGUCCCUUCUGCCUGAGGAAGCAGAGUCAUGACAAUCGGAAAUCUACCAGCUUUAUGUCAGUUAGCCCCAGCAAGGAGAUCAAGAUUGUGUCUGCGGUGAGGAGAAGCAGCAUGAGCAGUUGUGGCAGCAGUGGCUACUUCAGCAGCAGCCCCACCCUUAGCAGCAGCCCUCCUGUGCUCUGCAAUCCCAAAUCCGUGUUAAAGAGACCUGUCACUUCUGAGGAACUCCUGACUCCUGGGGCUCCCUAUGCAAGGAAGACAUUCACGAUUGUUGGUGAUGCUGUUGGCUGGGGCUUUGUGGUGCGAGGAAGUAAGCCAUGCCAUAUCCAGGCUGUGGACCCAAGUGGCCCAGCGGCCGCAGCAGGAAUGAAGGUCUGUCAGUUUGUUGUUUCUGUGAAUGGACUCAAUGUGCUACAUGUAGACUACCGAACCGUGAGCAAUCUGAUUCUAACUGGCCCUCGGACCAUCGUCAUGGAAGUCAUGGAGGAGCUGGAAUGCUGAGCAGGUGGUCUUCCUGGCUCUGCAAGUGUCCAGAACAGCACAAAAUAAUGUAAUGACUAGACAUCUAUAUAAACACAUGGAGAGUGGACAUAAGAUUCUUUUCUCUUUACGACCACAUCUUUGAGUUUCAUACACAUCGAGUGUGGAAGAACUGGGUAGUAAUCUUAAAAAAGAGAGAGAAACACUAUUUACAUUAGCACAGAAAAAAAAUUAAGUUGAACUCUCACCAAAAUUAACAUGGCACUGUUUAUUAGAGGAUAUUGAUUUCAUAAAACUUCAAAUUAAAGCAACAUCCAGGGGAUAUUAUCUGUUAAGUCAGCAUUGUGAGGGAGGUCUUUAAGCAUCCGAGUGCUUCAACCCCAUAAAAUUCCUGCUUUAGUAUCAACAUUCAACAGAUGUUUUUAGUCUUGACAUCAGUUAAAAACAAAAACAAAAAAUCAAGCUCUUUGUGAGGAGGAGAGCAGACAGGGAGCCUCUGCUUAAAAAUAUUUGCUGUUCUUUUUUUUCUGAACCUAAAUUAUUUUGUUCUAUCAAUCAGCUAGCUACAGCAACUUUCUAGAAUUCUGAGUAUGUUGAAUAUCAAAACAAGAAAGUUUGUAUAUACACAUGUAAUUCAAAAUCAAGCCUUCUAGGAUGAUUUUACUUUGACAUUGUACAUUUGUAAGUUAAAUAGUCUAGGUCUUGACCCAUCUGUGAUAAAACUUGAAACUCUAAAUUGCCUUAUUGGCCUGAAUUUUUACUAGCUUUCUAGUUAACACAUUCUAAGUACAUGAUGUGCUGCUUAUUUGGUGGGAUUCCCCCCAAAAAAAAACUUUUUUGUGCUGUAACUUUUUGCUCAUUUGUAUAUAUAUCUUUCUUUUCUCUGUCUAGAAAAAUGCAAUUUAGGACUUGGCGUAUGUAAGAAAUAUCUCAAAGUGCCAAAUUAGGGAGUCAGAGAAUGCUAAAUUCUUCAUAAAUUAAUGUCAUGCAUUCUGAAAAACCAUGUUACUUUCUUACCAUAUAUUGCCAAAAAUAUGAAUGUUGUACCUCAGCCCUUUUUUGAUCAGGUUAUGCUUAAUGUAUUGGUACUGGUGAAAUAGACAUAAUGUACUGAAGUUGUUACAUAUAGAUGUUUCUGGUGAUUCAUCUUUUCUAAUCUGUAGUUGUAGUCACCGAAUAGAAUAUUGAUGUCAUAGAGAAUGUAUUACAAUACCAUUAACCUAUAUUUGAGAAAUACUAUAGUAUAUGUGUGUAUGGGUAUGUGUGUGUGUGUGUGUGUGUGUGUGUGUGUGUGUGUGUGCAUUUAUACUGUAUGCCAAACUCUGUGCUGUGGCAUUUAACAUAUGCAAUUUUUAAUCUUUGUGACUGGGGACAUGGCACAGUGGAUAUUACAUUGGACUUUUAAGCAUGAAGACCUGAGUUCAAUCCCUAACAUGACAUGUGCCAGAGUAAUACGCUGGGGCUUGCUUUCUUUCCUUUUUCUUUUUCAUAAUUAACAAAAUGAAUAUUAAAAUAUUCAUCCUCAACACAACUCUGUAAAGUAGUUAUUAUCACCCUAAUAUUUAGCUAUGGAAACAAAAUCUGAGCCAUAUUAAAAAUGGCUGCUAGAUUCAUACCACUGCAAGAACUACUGUGAUAGAACCUGGAUUCAGACAUGAGCUUAUUUGAUACUAAAGCCUAUACUCCUCAUCCACAUUUUAUCCUAGUCUUUUUCCACCUAGAGAUCUUACUUUUAUGGUUUAGUCUUCACUAAGUGCUAUAUUAAAAGUGUAUGAUACUUAUCCUAAUUUGCCUUUACAGUCAGUUUUGCUCAUGAUCUCCAUUUGAAACUGAAGAUGCUAGGUAAGUCUUAUGUCCAAGGUCACACAACUUGUUAGUUUUAGAACACAUUUGUAAACAUCUGUAAAGGGUAAGUCUUAAAUUCUUUCUGUCCCUAGGUAUUCACUAACUGACAAAAGAUAAUGGCCAUUCUACUGGAACUGGUAUUAGCUUGCUGGUUGCUUGUAUACUUUCCUUCCAUCCCAACACACCAUAUCUGGGAACCUGACAUAACAUCAUUUCUCUUUUUGCCAAUAUAAGUACCAGAGAAGUAUGUUUCUAUCUGUCCCACACAGCCUUCUGCCUGAUUCAGAGUGUCUUGGUGUCAUUAGUCAAAGUCAAACAAUACUGAUAAGUAAGAAGGAAAGGAGGAAGGGAGGGAGACAAGAGAAGAAAGAAGGAAGGAGGGAGUGGAGUUUGUGGGGGAGGGAGAAACUGUUUCCUUCUUUGAUUUCAAUAUAGAUGUCAAAUUGCAUAAGAUUCUACUAGAAUAAAGAGACUUAUCACCUUAGGUAGGCCUUUAACCUACUCUUUUUACCCUUGCACUAUAAUUAAAGCAACUGUUCCCACUCCCCUAGAGGCCCCAUCUUGCUCACUGUAGUCUUUGUACAUGCAGUUUCUCCUCUCUAAAAUAGUUUUCCUUUUUGUCUUUGCCUGGAAAAAAAAACUUAUUAACUUCACUCCUCUGCGAAUUCUUUAUGAGUUUAGGGAUCACUGCCUCUUCUCUAAACUUCCAUGAACCCUUGUACUCCAAGCCCCCUAGGAUGAUAGCAAUGAGGGUGUCUACUCUAAAUCUAUCCUAUUAUAAUACCAUAUCCCUCAUUACAAUUUAGACAUCUGUACGACAGGAACCAUAUUUACUCAGACUAUUUCCAUUCCCUAAUGUAGUUCCUGCCACAGGUUAUCUGCUAUCUAUUCCUAAUAAAUGGACUACCACAAAGCAAAACUCCUAGUGCUGUUUAUUUGCUUAUGACCCUGUGAGCUGGCAGUUUGUGCAGAGUUCUUCUGUGCUAGUCAACUAAUGCUCCAUGUUGCGCUCACUGGUUCAAACAAAUAUUUGAGUGGAAGAAGCAGGUUGAUGGCGGGGAUGGGUAAAUUUGGCUGGCUAGAAUAAAUUGGGGUCCGAGUCGUGGAGCACCUGGUUGAGCCCACAUGUUCCAAUGUGAAAGGACCAGGGUUCAAGCCUCCAGUCCCCACCUGCAGGGGGAAAGCUGCAAGAGUGGCAAAGCAGUGUUGUAGGUCUGUCUCUCUUCCCCUUUAUCUCUCCCUUCCCUUUCAAUAUCUGGCUGUCUCUAUCAGAUAUAGAUAAAUAUUUUUUUAAAAAAGAAUAAAUUGACAGUGACUGAUAGAAGUUUCUCAGUUUUAUUCCAUGUGAUUUUUCCUCAUCACUAGACCAGUCUUUCUCACUAGGCCUUAUGAGAUCAAAAGAGGGUGAGAACAGAAACUACAAGACCUCUUGUGGACUUGCUUGGAAGGUACACAGUGUCACUUCCAUAGCAUCUUAUUGGUCAAAGAAGGUCAUAAAACUAAGCCCCAAAUCAGGAGAUAGGCAAACAGUCUUUGCCAUCUGUUGGGAGGAACAGCAAAGAAUUUGUGGCCAAUUUAAAUCCACCAAGAAUAGGUACUCACUUUUUUUUUUUCUGGUCAAGGUUGAAGAAGUUAACUAUUAAAAGACUUCAGCUAUCCAAAUUCAAAUUACUGAACAACUACAGGCUAGAAGUGCAAUAUCAAUUUGUAAAUAAAGCUUGGCACCUAAUGAAAAUGUCAAAGUUAAAGUUAAAACAUCUUAAAAUGAGAGUGCUGCGUGGAGCUGUGGAGAGUACACUUUAGUCUCACUUUGCUGAUGGGGCAACUGAAGUGUGGAAUGGCCAAGUGGUGAGCCUGACCUCAUAAGGUUUAUUUGGGUCAAAACACAAGCCAAACCAGAAUCUUCUGUCCCCUUCCAUUAAUAUCCUUCACAGUGUGACCUUGUGCAGUGGAAACAAUGUACUAGGAAUAGAUUUGGUGUAUUUGGAGUGGUGGCGGGGCCUUUCAUUAAAUCCUAGGUUGUGCUAUGCACUUAUGAAGGUUAGGGGUAAACCUUAAUUUGAUUCAGAUCUUGAGUUGUUAACUUUUGUCAUUUAGAAAAAUAAUUGUUUGAGGUAAUAUCUGUGACAAAUGAACUGCUUUAAGCAUGUACAAUUCCUUCUUAAAUGUAGUACCAAGGCUUACUCUAAAUUAAGAAUAAGCAGUAUUUCUGAGAGUUUUUUCAUAUGAAUGUGUGUGUACAUGUGUGGGUGUGUGUGGUCUGUGUGAGGUUCACUCAGUGAGAGUCUAUCUUUAUAAUGACGUUCUUUUUCCCUAUAGAACACCCCUUCAAUUUUUCUCAGGUGUUUUGCAUUAUGCAUUUAUCAUUGGCAUGUGUGAUGAAAAUGGAAUUUCUUUUUGUUUCCUUGUCAAUAUGAUACACACUUUCAGUACUAAUGUGAAAGCCACACUUGUCAAGUGUACUCGAGAGGAAGAAAUGCAGUUCUCUUUUGGACUGAUCUCUGUCUGAUGCUUUACUAGUAUUCUCUGUAGAGUAUUUGUAUAAGCUAAUAAGAGGAUUUUCUGAGAAUUAGUAGGUAGCAUGAUGUCAUCCAUAUUUGAAUAGACUGAAUGGAUUAAAUUCACACCAUCUUAUAAAAAGAGAAUACAUUUGGAUGUUUAAAAAACACUGUAUUGUGCUCACAGUAGAAUAUCAUAGUUCUAGCUAUUCAUUCCUUUCAAAUGUAUUGUGAAAAUCUGCUUUAAAGUCCUAUUUUAAACUGAUGUCACUAUUAUCUCUGGCUGAGCAUUAAUCCUGCUUUAUUUUUAUUACAAAUUAUCAGAAUUAAUGUGAACAUAUCAUUUUUAUCAUUUAGCUGACUGAUGUCACUAUGGUAUCACUCACUUUAGGAAGAAUUUCAGGUAUAAUAAGAAUACGUAUAAGAAUUUUCAGGUAUAUUUCUAGUUCAAUACCCAAAGGACAAAAUUUCAGCAUACCAAAAUGAAGGUCAUAUCAAAGUUAGCCUAUGGGAUUGUCAAAUGCGUUAAUAUAUGAAUUUAAUAUAUAUGUUUAGUUUGAAAAUUUGGUUGAAAUUCAUAUCCUCCCUUUACUAGAAUUGACAGCAUAGUAUUUAAAAUUAUAAUGUGAAAUAGUAUAUGAUAAAGUAAAUGUUAAAAAUUUUAAACAAUAACUUCAGGGUUUCCUAUCUGUUCAGAAUGCAGAUACUUUUUAAUCCUUUGAAAGGGUUGCAUUUUAUAGCUGAUAUCUGACUAACUUGUCAGGAAAAACACAUCAAGCUCAUACCUAAUUUUGUAAUGUAGCGUAAAGUGCCAAUUGAUGGAUGUGUUCUGAUUCUCUUUUGCUUGAAGAAAAAAAAAGUUAAUUAAAAUCUUUUUUCUGCAUUGUAUUUAAUUUGUUAUCAUUUUGUCCUUACACACUUCAGUAUUGCUACGUGUCAUUGAGAAGUCCAUAUGACAAAAUCCUAUAUGGUUGUUUUCUAUUCUAGAAGAAUAUUAGUUCUUUUUCUUUUCUUUAAUAUUUGUGGGGAGUUAGGUAAAUUAUGGGGAUGAGUGGUUAUUUGAACUAUACUCAGUAUUAACCAAAAGAACCUAACAGUCACUCACUUAAGAACCUUACUAAACACUUGUGUUUUGCUGGACAUUGCAUUUAGAUUCGGAAAUACAAAAUUUAGGGAUACAAAACUGAAUUGACAUGCCCCUGUAUCCAGCCCAUUCUGUAAAGUCACUUUUAGAUCUGUUUCCUAGAAAUAUUCUCUCUAUGGGACAGGUAGUUACGAAGUCAUGGUACUGACAGUAAUGGCAGUGCCACAAACUACCAUCCAAUUUAACAACAGAACACUGACAACCUUUCUUUAACUGUUCCUUCCCAAUCCUGAUCCAAGUUUCUGUUACCUGGCAUAAUGACAAUGGGGAAUGUUGAGUUUACCAUUUUCUUGUUCUUUUUUUUCUUAAUGGUUUUCUGGGAUUCUUUUUAAUGGACUGUAUUAAAAGAGCAUCAAGUUUUAAAUAGUCUGGCACAAGCAUGAUUUUUAUUCAGGAUUAUAUUAUGAUUCUUCUAAAUUUUUGUGCAUAGUUAUAAUCGGUUUAAUUUUUGUAACUUCACAAUUUUCUCAAUCACUUAUUUUUUCUUGUCAAUGGCUAUGUGUUUUUACUAUUGCUGGCAUAAAUGGAAUGACCAUGAACAUUUUCUUGCCAUGUCCUGGGAACAUGUGAAGGGGUUUCUCUUAGGUAGUCACUUAGAGUUGUUGAGUCUUGGAAAAUGUUAAUGCUAAUUUUGCAAAGUGACAUCUAACUGGGUUCUACAGUGACUGGACCAAUGUAUACUCCAUGUAAAAUGUAAAAGUGAAAUAUGUUAAUCAGUAUCUUCUCCAAUAUUUGAUAUUCUAAAACUUCAUAUAUUUUAUCUAAUAAAUGUUCAUUUGGUUCAUGA